AUGGCGAGAGUAUUUGCAAGUUUUCUUUGUCAUUUCAGUUUGCCCACAGAUGUGCAGGCUGAAGCCAUUCCAAUGAUCCUGGGAGGAGGGGAUGUUUUAAUGGCAGCAGAAACUGGAAGUGGAAAAACAGGGGCAUUUUGUCUGCCAAUCAUCCAGAUUGUGUACGAGACACUUCGAGACCAACAGGAAGGAAAAGGGAGCAAACUCUCCUCACACCAUGCUGGUCAUUCAUCUAGUGCACAUUGGAAGAUGAAUCCAUAUGACAGGGGUGAUGCCAUGGCAAUUGAUCCAGAGGGACUGUUAUGUCAGGCCAGAGAUCCCCAGGGCUGGCACGGCACCAGGAGUAACAAAGCCGUGGUGGGGGGAGGGAAGUACUAUUAUGAGGCCACAGUAACAGAUGAGGGUUUAUGUCGAGUGGGCUGGUCCACAGAUAAGGCUACUCUGGAACUGGGUAUAGACAAGUUUGGAUUCGGAUUUGGGGGGACUGGAAAGAAGUCCUGGGGCAAGCAGUUUGAUAGUUAUGGAGAGGCUUAUGGAAUCAACGACACCAUUGGUUGUUAUCUGGAUUUAGACAAAUUGGAAAUCAAGUGGUCAAAAAAUGGAGUGGAUUUUGGUAAAGCUUAUGACAUCCAAGCACAUCUUAAAAAUGAGAAGUUCUAUGCUGCUGUUACUCUAAAGAAUGCUGAAAUGAAGUUCAACUUUGGAAAUACUCCAUUCAAAUAUCCACCCAAGGGUGGAUUUAUUGCAGUAUGUAAUGCAGCCUCUGAGCAUGUUGUGCAGUCCAGGAUUGUAGGUAUGUUUGUCAUUUCUUUAUACAUUUCUAUUUAUUAUUUCAACUAUCUGGGUCACACAGUUGAUGUUGAUGUACUCUUAUCCUUGAGUUUUGUGCAUACUGCAUUGCCUUCUAUCAAACUC